UUUUUCUCUCUAGCUUAUUGCUAUGCACCCCACUCCUGAUGACUGGCUUUAAACGCCAAGAAACGCGUUGAGUCUAUGCUCGGGGAUGCCAAGAUCAAGCUUGCCCAAUUAUGUGUUUUAUCACCAUUUUGUUUUCAUCUACCCAUUUUAUUGGAUAAUCGUGUCUACUGUAUCUAUAUGUCAAUUUAUUGUGAUUGCUUUUAAUGGUCAUGUCCUGGAUUUUGAAUAUUUUUUAUAUCAAUGUUAUUAUGACUACAUGUAUUAUGCCUUUGUAUGCAUGAUCUCUGUAUUAUAUAUUAUGAUACAUAUUACAUUAUUAAGUUUACUUUUGACUCCUUCAAUUUCUUUUUCGGAUUGAUCACCAAGCAAUUUCUUCUGACCACAGAGAUUUCCCUUGAUGGGACUGUGAUAGAUCUUUUACUGUUGAUAUCCUUAACAAUUUUACAAACCCGUCCAUGCCCCAUUUAAAGUCCCAUGACCCAAUUUUUCUUGUUCUUUGAAGCUGAACAAGUUCAAUAUAACAGCACAAGAACAAGCAUUAUCUGGGAAUGGGAGGUUUGCAGCUUCAGUCUGAGGCUUUUCACACAGGUAACUGCCAUCUACAGUACACCGACCAAUCAGAAAUCCUCAUUCAGACUGCUUUAAACUGCCAAAGUUAUCAGCUGUAGGCUCUCGCACAUUGCUGCAUUUUACGCUGCUGAUCAGUUUUUACAUCAAACACAUUUUGAUCACACUGUGUGUGUUGCUGCUUUCCUGUUAUUGUGUAAAUUAUCUCUUUCCAACUUCCAUAUCCCUCUCAUCUCUCCAUCUAUCUCUCCCUCCCUCUCUCCUCUCAGGAUAUAGUGACGCCAACGAAUGCUUUUUAACACCAUCCACAGUUUAAUGAUGUGAGUGGAAGAGAAGAGAGUGUGAAUGCCGACACCAGCUCUGCGUGGAGGAAAAUACUACAGUGGUUCAUCGCUGCUACAGUCCGCUGCACUCCCUGCAUCUCAUAGAGUGGUCAGAAGAUGAGUGAAAGUGAAGCCACCAGCCCCAAGACUUUAGUGAGAAAUUCAGAACGCCUUCCUGCUGCAAAAAAAUCAGCAAAAGUUCACUUUGGGGAAAACAUAAUAGAGCAAGCGGAUAUUCAGACAGUAACAGAGCCUCCACUUCAGCAAGUUCAUAGAGGAACACAACCCUGCAAGAAACCAAAGUCAUCCCAUAGGACCUCCAAAAGGAGCAGCUUGCAGAGUCCUCAGCUGUCCGCCAGCCACAUAGAACAGGCUGCUGGAGAUGACAGGUGUGCCCGCUGCCUCUUGGCUUGGCUGUUCUGUGAGCUCUCCAUCCUGUGCUCCAGUCUCCUCGGAUGUGUCAGCUGUGGCCUAUGCAGUGAAAGGAUUCUCUGUGGAUGUCUGUGUCCUGAUGGGUUAUGCUGUUCCAGGCUAAUGCCCUGUGACCCCGGAUGCGCCAUACUGAAUGAGGGCUGCCGCUCCUCAGACUGUCUGGACAUAUGCCAGGAAUGUUGCUCCCUGUGCUUCGCCUCCUGAUCAAAUCUACUCUGAGACCCUUCUGAUCAAUAAAGAACCACUGAACUUCUAGAUGAUGGCACACACAGUCAGAUAUUGUUCCAAUUUUAUUUGUCAGAUUAUGCAAUUCUGCCAACAAUUGUGCAGUGUGAGUUUCUACCUGUCUGGAUACUAUUUGGAUAGAGUUAAUAGGCAGAUAACU